AUGAUUGGAAUUGCUAAAAUCACAACAAUUUUCGCUGGUAUUUUCACUUUCUUGGGCAUUAUAGGGCCUGUUUCAAUCAUGGCAUCUCCUUUACCUGCAGAAAUUCCAAAUCCUAUUUCCAUUCCUCUGCAAGCUCAACAGGAUGAAUCACUUUUAGUAGCUCGUAACACAUUGACUAAGCGCCGUAAAAUCGUCGGUUCAGGUUGUUCUGUAAUGUAA